AGAGUUUGUCAAAUGUGUUCAGGAAAGUCUUCUUCAUCAGUUGGUAGAAGUCCCAAUGCGAUCCUGGAUCUGGUAUUAGGGAGUGAGACAGGGCAGGCGACAGAAGUUUGUGUAGGGGAACACUUUACAUCUAGUGAUCCAAUUGCCACUAGUUUCAAAGUGCAUUUGUAAGAAGGUAAGUUUAGCCUCCCGGCGACGGACACGUAAGAUACAGUCGCUCUUGUCUGCCUUUAAUCUCUCCCUUUUCCGAUUUAAACUUUGAAAUUUCAAUAUUAUUCAGUCGGAUCAGUUAUAAUUAUGGCUACUCUCAGAAGCGCCAGAAGAAAUCCGGACCCAGGCAACGGAAAGUCCAAGAAAACCGAAGAAUUCUCGGAGGAACCUCCCUGGGUUAAGAGACUAUAAUCUCAAAUCAGUAAUAUCAGCAUUGAGAUAACUCAACUAAAAGAGAAAUUCGAAGGAAAAGUUGACUCUUUGAACCUUGAUCUUAAAGAAUUAGUUGAAAUACUGCGGACCUUUCUUCUCAUUCGGAAAAAGCCGAACAACGGAUCGUUGACCUCGAAGCUCGAUCACCUCGGAACAAUAUUCGAAUUGCCGGACUAAAAGAGAAGUCAGAAUCGGCCGACACGCCGGAUUAUUUCGCAGAAAUGUUUCAGUCUUUAUUCCCGGAGGUUUGUUUACAGACUUCAGAUAUGGAAAUGGCUCACAGAAUCGGCACUUUAAAAUCUUUGGAUCAAGAUUCCUCCAAAAUGAAGGCUUUUUUACAUGAGAUUAAAUUUCCACAAAUUUCCCUUGAAGAUCAACAGAUGCUUGAUGCUCCAAUUACCAAACAUGAGAUUCAGAAAGCUAUUUUAUCAAUGCAAUCAGGUAAAGCUCCUGGACUUGAUGGUUAUUCAGUGGGAUUUUACAAAAAAAUUGAAAGAUUACUUUCUCCAUAUCUUUUGGAAAUAUUUCAUGAAUCCUUUGAGAAGGGUAAUUUACCUUCUUUUUAUGAAGCAUCUAUUUCCUUAAUUCUUAAAAAAGAUAAAAAUCCUUUUGAAUGCUCAUCAUAUAGACCAGACCUAUUUUGCUAUUAAAUGUGGUUGCAAAAAUUCUCUCUAAAAUAAUGGCUAAUCGCUUGGAAAAUUUUUAAUUAAAAUUAUUUCUAUGGAUCAAACAGGCUUUAUUAAAGGCCGUUAUUCUUUCUCUAAUGUUCAGAGAUUGAUGAACAUUAUAUAUUCACCAUUAUCUAAACAACCUCAAUGUGAUAUCUCUCUUGAUGCAGAAAAGGCAUUUGAUAGAGUUGAGUGGCCAUAUUUGUUUAAAGUAUUAGAAAAUUUGGUUUUGGUAAUAACUGCAGUAGAUGGAUUCAAAUGAUUUAUAAGAAUCCUAUUGCCACGGUAAUUACUAAUAAUUGCAGGUCUUCUUUUUUCUCACUUUUUCGUGGCACGAGACAAGGAUGUCCAUUAAGUCUUUUAUUAGUUCAUCUUGUAUUGGAGACUUUAGCUAUAACAUUACAUGAAGCUAAAAAUAUUCAUGGUAUCUCUAUCAAUGGAACCAUACAUAAGAUUUCUCUUUAUGCAGAUGAUCUUUUGAUUUUUAUUUCAAAUCUUGAGGAAUCAAUUCCUAAUCUUUUGGAAACACUUAAAGAUUUUGGUAAAUUUUCAGGAUAUAAACUUAACUUGAAUAAAAGUAAAUUGUUUCCAUUAAAUGUCCAUGAUAGUAUAUAUAAUGACAUUCCUUUUAGAAUUGUUAAUACAUUUAGAUAUUUAGGUAUUAUAAUUACUAAAAAAGUAUAAAGAUCUCUAUAAAGUGAAUAUAGUUCCUUUAAUGGACUCCGUGAAACAACUAUUUUCUAGAUGGAAUCCACUUACUCUUUCUUUCAUAGGUCAUAUUCAUGCUGUGAAAAUGAUGAUUUUACCUAGAUUUUUAUAUAUUUUCCAAAAUAUACCUAUCUUUUUAACUAAAAAAUUCUUCAAUCAAAUUGACUCUCUUAUUUCUUCUUUUAUUUGGAACAAUAAGAGACCAAGAAUUAAUAAGUAUCAUUUACAAAAGUCUAAAAAAGAUGGUGGACUUGCACUUCCUAAUUUAAGACUGUAUUAUUGGGCUGUGAACAUCAGACAAUUAUGUUUUUGGUUAUAUUGGCUUGAUAAAAACCAAAAACCAUUAUGGGUUGAUUUGGAAUUAAAAGCUGUUAAACAAUUCCAUUUAACUUCAAUUUUAGGAACUCCAUUACCUUUGCAGCUCUCUAAAAUUCCAAAUUUAAACCUCUAUCCAGUUAUUAAGCAAUCCCUACAGAUUUGUUUUCAGUUUCAUAAUUUUUUAAAUUUUAAACAAUUUAAGUUAUCUAGUUUUUUAUAUCAAAACUUUUUAUUUAAACCUUCAACAACUGAUCCCAUUUUCCUUUUAUGGAAAAAUAAAGGAAUUCAUUCUUUUACAGAUUUAUUUUGUGAUGGUCAAUUGAUGACUUUUCAGGAGUUAAUUAACAAAUAUUCUCUCGCUCAUACACAUUUUUUGCAAUAUUUUCAGGAUAGACAUUUUUUACAACAAUAUUUACCUAAGUUUCCAUACUUACAAGAAUCUGAUUUGUUGGAUACCAUUUUGAAAUUGAAUCUCUUUGUGAAAGGUUCCAUUAGUAGAAUUUGUAAUUUACUUUUGUUACAAAAAGAAAACCUAUCACUAAAGAUUAAACAAGGUUGGAAGAGAGAACUUAAUAUGACCUUUGUUAUGAAGAUUGGCUUCGAGUUUUGAAAAACGUAAAUUCUUCUUCUGUAUGUGCCAACCAUUGUUUAAUUCAAUUUAAAAUUGUAUGCCGUUAUUACUUAACAAAGGAGAGACAAUGUAAAAUAUUUCCUAGUAUAGAUAACUAUUGCGAUAGAUGUAAAACUGAAGUAGCUACUUUGUCACAUAUGUUCUGGUCAUGUUCUUCAUUAAAAUUGUUCUGGAAAUCUUUAUUUUCUGCAAUCUCUAAAGCUUUAAAAAUUAAUUUACAACCUAAUAGAUUGACUGUCCUAUUUGGAAUAGUUCCGCAUCAUAUUCAGGGUAUCUCAUUUUCAGAUCAACAUGUAAUUGCAUUUGUUACACUACUGGCAAGAAGGGCUAUCUUAUUAAAAUGGAAAGAUAUUUCUUCCCCUACAUUAAUUGAAUGGUUUUCUCAAGUGAUGUUAUGUCUUAGUUUGGAAAAAAUUAGAAGUUGAACUUUUGAUCCUCGAUUUGAUUUUGAGAGAAGAUGGGGUUCUUUUGCCAAAUGUUAUCAGUUAAUUUGAAUUAAGUUAUAAGGCAUCCUUCCAAUUUAAUUUUUUAUAUAAAUAUGAAAUGGCAGUUGAUGACUUCUUUUAUAUGUAUUUCGAUGAUGUUCAAAUGUAUUGCUUCAGGGAGUUGAUUCCUAAUGGGUUUUUUUUGUAGUUAGUGUUUUUUUUUCUAGUUAGAUGGGGUUCUCUUAUUUUCCUUCUUUUCCUAUAUAUAAACAUUUUUUUCCCAUUUUUAUAUUUUAAGAUCGUUUUUUU